AAUGCCUCCAGCCUCUCCGGGGUCAUGGUGGAGAAUUUGCCAGUGGUAUGUCGAUGUAGGAAGGCCACACCGCACAAGAAGUUGUCGACUUUUUUUGGCGUGGUAAUUCCAACAUUACUGUCAAUGUUUGGCGUUGUUGACUACCUCCAAAUUGGUGAAUAUGGGGGACUUUACACGCAGGCAUACACACACACCUAUUUGACUAUUUUCUCCGGCCUGUUUGUGUAGCGUUCAUGGUGGGCCAGUGUGGGCUGUACCAGUCCAUAGCCAUGUUCAUAGUGGCAUACCUCAUCAGUAUGACUGUUCUGUCUGUCAGUGCCAUCACCAGCAGGGUUCUGGUGGGACACUUCCUAGGGAUGCAUAAUACCCUAUUUCCUAUAUAAGGUAAUACAUUUUGUUUGCAAACUAUGCAUGAUGACAUCUACAUAUACUGUCAUUUCAGAUUGGCGCCCACAUCUAUGCCAAGCCCACCUUCCUCAUUUUCAUCAUCAUCAUGGUGGUCCUGGCCACCAUCUUCCUCAGUUUCUUUGCUGUGGGCCUGCGGGACGUCACGCUGCCCAACGCUCCUGGUGCCAACUCUAACGCCACCACCGGCCUGGGCACUGCCAACUUCACUGGCCGUCGCCUGGCAACCCUGAGGGGCAACCUGUAG